CCCAAGGGGACUAUCUCCCAGCGGCAGGCCUUCGAUAAAAUCAGGAACUUGCGCUGGCCCUGCAAUGUCAAGGGAGGGGGCUCACCCAGGGCUCCUGUAGCUCAAGGGGCAGGCCUGAGCCCUGUACCCGCCCUGAGUCCGUCCAGCCCCCGACGGGGCGCCCCAUCCCCAGGGGCUCCGCACUGGCCCCCACCAAGGCAGGGGACCUGACCGGCUCGGAGCUCGGCUGGAUGUUACAGGCGUGCAAAAUGGAAGGGUUUCCCCUCGUCCCCCCUCCAUCGGAAGAUCUAGUUCCCUAUGACACGGAUCUCUACCAACGCCAAACGCACGAAUAUUACCCCUAUCUCAGCAGUGAUGGAGAGAGCCACAGCGACCAUUACUGGGACUUCCACCCGCACCACAUGCACAGCGAGUUCGAGACCUUCCCCGAGAACCACUUCACAGAGCUGCAGAGCGUGCAGGCCCCGCAGCUGCAGCAGCUCUACCGCCACAUGGAGCUGGAGCAGAUGCACGUGCUCGACACACCCAUGGCGCCCACCCACGCCAGCCUUGGCCACCAGGUCUCCUACCUGCCCCGGAUGUGCCUCCCGUACCCCUCCCUGUCCCCGGCUCAGCCCAGCUCGGAUGAGGAGGAGGGUGAGCGGCAGAGCCCCCCACUGGAGGUGUCUGACGGGGAGACCGACGGCCUGGAGCCAGGGCCUGGCCUGCUGCACGGGGAGACAGGCAGCAAGAAGAAGAUCCGCCUGUACCAGUUCCUGCUGGACCUGCUGCGCAGUGGCGACAUGAAGGACAGCAUCUGGUGGGUGGACAAGGACAAGGGCACCUUCCAGUUCUCGUCCAAGCACAAGGAGGCGCUGGCGCACCGCUGGGGCAUCCAGAAAGGCAACCGCAAGAAGAUGACCUACCAGAAGAUGGCCCGCGCGCUUCGCAACUACGGCAAGACGGGCGAGGUCAAGAAAGUCAAGAAGAAGCUCACCUACCAGUUCAGUGGGGAGGUGCUGGGCCGCGGGGGCCUGGCCGAGCGGCGCCACCCGCCCCACUGAGCCCAGGCCCGAGCCCGCCGGGCCGCCAGGCCUCCCCUCUGGCCAUAGCAUUAACCCCCCGCCCGGCCGGACACAGGGGGGAAGCUCCCAGGGGCCAGGGGCAGGACUGGGGCGGGCCAGGCCUCGCCUCCCCGCCCACCCCCUCCUCCUCCAAGCCCCGCCCACACCCCUGCUUCGCCUCCCACCAGGACUCCAGCCCCGGCUCCAGAAAGCCACCUGGGCGUCUGGCCCCAGCAAGGGUCAGCUUCCUUAGUACCAGGGGUGCUUCCUUGGGAGUUCGAAGUCAUCGUAUUUGUGUAAAUUGAACCUUCCUCUUUAAGCAUCCCUUUCUCUCCACACCUCUCCCCCAUCAGCUUCCUCAGGAAUACCAGUUAUUAAAGUUAUUCUCAGUGA